UGGAAUGCGCAGCUGGCGGGGGAGCGCGUCCCGCCCGGCUGGCAGCGAUCCGCGGGGAGCCGAGCGGCGAGCGGGGCCCCGCCGAGAUGCCGCACUUCACCGUGGUGCCGGUGGCGGACAAGCAGCGCGGGGACUACGACAGCCUGGAAGGGCUGAGCUGGGUGGACUACAGCGAGCCGGGCGGGGCGCGGGGCCCCGCGGACCCCUACGACCCCGCCAGCGCCGAGGGUCAUGGCAACCAUAAAGAAAACAGUCCUUUUCUCAACAGUUCUGAAGCUGGCAAGGGAAGUGAUUAUUAUGACAGAAACUUGGCCUUGUUUGAGGAGGAACUGGAUAUACGACCAAAGGUAUCUUCUCUGCUUGGUAAGUUGGUCAGCUACACAAAUCUCACUCAGGGAGCCAAAGAACAUGAGGAGGCGGAAAGUGCUGAAGGUUCAAAGAGGAAAGUAUCAAAAUCACCCAGCAUGGGCACCCUGAUGGGAGUGUACCUUCCAUGUAUGCAGAAUAUCUUUGGGGUUAUUCUCUUCCUUCGGUUGACAUGGAUGGUGGGAACAGCAGGAGUUCUACAGUCCUUCCUGAUAGUCUUAAUCUGCUGCUGUUGUACUAUGCUGACAGCCAUAUCAAUGAGUGCAAUAGCAACAAAUGGUGUAGUUCCAGCUGGUGGCUCCUAUUUCAUGAUCUCAAGGUCCCUAGGUCCAGAGUUCGGUGGAGCUGUGGGACUGUGCUUUUACUUGGGAACAACAUUUGCAGGAGCUAUGUACAUACUUGGUGCCAUUGAGAUUUUAUUGACAUACAUUGCACCACAAGCAGCAAUUUUUCAUUCCACUGGUGCCCAUGAUACAUCUAGUGCUACACUGAACAACAUGCGAGUUUAUGGAACCAUAUUCCUCACCUUUAUGGCUGUGGUAGUUUUUGUAGGAGUGAAAUAUGUUAACAAAUUUGCUUCUCUCUUCUUGGCCUGUGUAAUAAUAUCCAUAUUGUCCAUUUAUGCUGGUGCUAUCAAGUCCAUCUUCGAUCCCCCUGCAUUUCCGAUUUGCAUGCUGGGCAACAGGACCCUGACGAGAGGUCAUUUUGAUGUUUGUGCCAAAACAACAAUUGUGGGCAAUAUGACUGUGGCCACCAAGCUCUGGGAACUCUUCUGCCAUAGUUCUAACUUAACCACUGAUAACUGUGACAAAUAUUUUCUGCUCAACAACGUUACGGAGAUAGCAGGUAUUCCUGGAGCUGCAAGUGGCAUUUUAAAAGAUAAUCUGUGGAGCAAUUAUAUGGAGAAAGGAGAGAUACUGGAAAAAGCUGAUCAUCCAUCAGUUGAUGUAUCAGGGCUGAAAAGCAACCUUCACCUUUAUGUGUUUGCGGAUAUAGCCACUUCCUUCACAGUACUAGUUGGCAUCUUCUUCCCUUCAGUGACUGGUAUCAUGGCUGGUUCAAACAGAUCAGGAGACCUCAAAGAUGCGCAAAAAUCUAUUCCCGUCGGAACAAUUCUGGCUAUUGUCACCACGUCACUCGUCUAUUUCAGCAGUGUAUUACUAUUUGGAGCCUGCAUAGAGGGCGUUGUACUUAGAGACAAGUAUGGUGAUGCAGUGAACAAGAACUUAGUGGUGGGCACGCUCUCUUGGCCCUCACCUUGGGUCAUUGUGAUAGGCUCAUUCUUCUCUACCUGUGGAGCAGGCUUACAGAGCCUCACUGGAGCCCCACGGCUACUGCAAGCUAUAGCAAAGGACAACAUUAUUCCUUUCCUAUGGGUUUUUGGCCAUGGGAAAGCAAAUGGUGAACCAACAUGGGCGCUUCUGCUAACAGCAUUAAUUGCUGAACUUGGAAUUCUUAUAGCUUCACUUGACAUGGUGGCUCCAAUUCUCUCCAUGUUUUUCUUGAUGUGUUACCUCUUUGUCAAUCUGGCAUGUGCAGUACAAACACUUUUAAGAACUCCAAAUUGGCGGCCCCGAUUUAAAUACUAUCAUUGGGCUUUAUCAUUUUUAGGCAUGAGUAUUUGUCUUGCGUUGAUGUUCAUUUCAUCCUGGUAUUAUGCUCUGGUGGCUAUGCUCAUUGCGGGCAUGAUUUACAAGUACAUUGAAUACCAAGGUGCAGAGAAGGAAUGGGGUGAUGGUAUUCGGGGUCUGUCACUCAGUGCUGCCAGAUAUGCCUUGCUAAGACUGGAAGAAGGUCCUCCCCACACCAAGAACUGGAGGCCUCAAUUGCUGGUGCUUCUGAAAUUAGAUGAAGAUUUGCACGUGAAGUAUCCGAGGCUGUUAACAUUUGCUUCUCAGCUGAAAGCUGGCAAAGGUUUGACUAUCAUAGGGACAGUGAUCCAAGGGAAUUUCCUGGAGAGUUAUGGAGAGGCCCAAGCUGCUGAACAGACUAUUAAGAACAUGAUUGAAAUUGAGAAAGUGAAAGGAUUUUGUCAAGUAGUUGUAGCCACCAAGGUUCGAGAAGGAAUUGCCCACUUGAUACAGUCCUGUGGACUAGGUGGCAUGAAACACAACACUGUGGUUUUGGGAUGGCCGUAUGGCUGGAGACAAAGUGAAGAUGCGAGAGCCUGGAAAACAUUUAUAGAUACUGUGCGUUGCACAACUGCUGCCCAUCUGGCUCUGUUGGUGCCCAAAAACGUGUCUUUCUAUCCCAGCAACCAUGAACGUUACAACGAAGGCAACAUUGAUGUGUGGUGGAUUGUGCAUGAUGGAGGCAUGUUGAUGUUGCUUCCUUUUCUACUGAAGCAGCAUAAAGUCUGGAGAAAGUGCAAAAUGAGAAUUUUCACAGUAGCCCAGAUGGAUGAUAACAGCAUUCAGAUGAAGAAGGACCUGGCUACUUUCCUUUAUCAACUACGAAUAGAAGCAGAGGUGGAAGUGGUAGAAAUGCAAAACAGUGAUAUUUCAGCUUAUACCUACGAGCGGACCCUAAUGAUGGAGCAGAGAUCUCAGAUGCUGAGGCAAAUGAGACUGACCAAAACAGAAAGGGAAAGGGAGGCCCAGCUGGUAAAGGACAGACACUCUAUAAUACGGCUGGAAAGCCUGUACUCGGAUGAAGAAGAUGAGGGGGAGACAGUACCUGAUAAAAUUCAGAUGACAUGGACAAAAGAGAAAUGCGACUCUGAAAAACGGAACCGGAACACUGCAGUGGAAAACUUCAGAGAACUGAUCAGUAUUAAACCGAACCAGUCAAAUGUCAGAAGAAUGCACACAGCAGUGAAGUUAAAUGAAGUAAUUGUAAAUAGAUCCCAUGAUGCCAGACUUGUUCUACUCAACAUGCCUGGUCCUCCAAAGAAUGUAGAUGGUGAUGAAAACUAUAUGGAAUUCCUGGAGGUUUUGACAGAGGGCUUGGAGAGAGUAUUACUUGUUAGAGGAGGUGGUCGUGAAGUCAUCACCAUUUACUCUUGAUUUAAUACAGCUUUCUGCACCAUCGCACAUUUACCUUCUUGAUGACAAAGGACAUUCCAGUUUUAAAUGGAGAAGAAAAUAGGUUCUCUCUCUUUCUCUCUCUCCUCCCUUCAAACAAACACAGACUUUCCAUCAUCCAUCCAGUCUCCUGAAUGACUUACUAGACUUUUCUCACCAACCUUUACAG